AUGGCGAACGAGAACAGUCCGAACACAGCACCGCCUACAAGCGACGGCGCAAACGUUUCAGAACAAUCCUCGAACCAGCCACUGCCGCUGCCUGAACCGCCGACCGACAGCAAGGCCACAGAGCUCAAUGUGAGCACCGGCACCGCCGUCAAGCUCGACCACCUGGGCCCGAUGGUAGUCAACCGCGACGGAACGCUCAGCCGUAUUUCCAACUGGGAACAAAUGACGGAGAUCGAGCGACAGAAUACGCUGCGAAUAUUGGGAAAGCGGAAUCAGUUGCGCAUGGAAACGCUGAAGGCAGCCGAGGAUGCUAAGCCAUCGUCGGAGUGA